AUGUUGCGAAAGACUUUAAGGCAACGAAGAGAAUACCUCUUCCUCAAAUCGAGGGAAAAUAAAGACAAAUACUCAUUGAAAAACGCCAGAAGGUUAAGCGAGGCCCUGAAAUCAGAUAAACCAAUACCUCCAGAACUGAGAGCACAGAGCGGAGCAGUACAAUCGUCACUGGAUCUGCUCGAUAUAAAGAGAAGAGAGGAAUCGACGCACGUGGACGACGAAUACGCAUUUUGCGGACUGAAGGACCCGAAGGUGCUCAUAACAACGUCGAGGAGCCCCUCGAGCAGAUUAUUGCAGUUCGCAAAGGAAAUGUGCCUAAUAAUACCAAAUUCAGAACGCCUGAACAGAGGUUCGUACGUGUUAAAGGACCUGGUGGAGUUCUGCAGAACGAAGGACGUAUCAGAUAUGGUACUGAUAUACGAGACUAGAGGAAAGCCAAAUUCAAUGAUAAUAUCGCACUUGCCACACGGGCCGACGGCAUACUUUCAGCUUUCAGAAGUAGUACUGAGGCACGACCUGCCGGAGAAGCUGCCGACAAUGUCACAAGCGUACCCGCACCUGGUGUUCCACAACUUCACGAGUCAGUUGGGGGAAAGGUUCAAGGAUAUCAUAAGGUACAUGUUCCCGCCACCGAACACGAAUGAAACGAGAGUGCUGUCGUUCGUUAACGAAAAGGACAAAAUCAUAUUCCGACACCACGUCUGGACGGAGGCGAAGACAGGAGCCGAGGAGAAGAACGUGGCACUUAAGGAGAUAGGGCCGAGGUUCAAGCUGAAGCCAUACAAGAUAGAACUGGGAACGGUAGACAUGCGGGACCUGGAGACGGAGUGGGUGCUGCGUCCGUACUUCAACACACACAAGCCAAUACUGGCAGCAUGA